AUGGCAGGGACGACAAAGGCCUCGACCACUUUCAAGCGUCACGGCAUUCUCUUGGGCUCCUCAAGUCGGCAAUUUGAUUCGCGAAGCAAGCAAGACACAGGCGCAAACUCGAGAGGCACCUUUGGUUCACAGAAUACCCAUAAUAGCACUCGGCCUGGCAACACACAUAACGUACAAGGCACAGCCGGUGCUGUUCCCGACAGACAGGAUGCUGGAAAGCUCACGGUUCUCUCUCCGGUUCCGAGUAUUACUCCACAAGUUUCCCCAAGGCUUCGCCGCAAAGGCUGCCCUGAGAAGGAGAAUAUCAAAGUUGACGGCCCACCCCUCCGACAGACGAUUAGUCGUUCAGCCUCCUGCAACGCUCUACUCCGGAAGCCUGUAUUCAAUGCCAACUCUGAUGCUAGCUCAGUCAGGAUCAAAACGCCUCAUUCGCUUCCGCGCUCCGAGAGCUCUCGACCGUCCAAGCUUCCAAGGUCUCCAAACUCGCGGCUGCAUCUCCAAGCCCUUACAUCAAGCCAUGAACGGGCGAUGAAGAGGAGUCAGACGACGUUUUCUUUUGACACCAAAGUAAAAGGCAAGGAUAAUGUGACUACCGUUGAGCAACAAGAUCUAUCUGGGAAGCAUCUACAGGAUAAUACAACUGUUAAGGCUCGAAGCACAAGUACUCAAGGGGACAACUCAGAUGAUCCUGCAGAACCAACUGCUUACUCUGCCUGCGUUCCAACUAGCGACUUGCGUGAAGAUGCCUGUGGCUCAUCUAAGACGCCAAUAACUCCUUCUGUUCCUCGGUCUGCUUCAAUUCCACGUACAGUAUCUAGCUUCUCUCGAUCGAAGUCGCUUAAGCCUACUCAACUACCAGGCAUCUCUGAUUCGACUGAAAGGACAACUUCUGUGCCAAAAUCUCCUCAUCUCAAGACGCACUCGGCUCGUCAACAAAGUACUGUCCUCAAGAUGCCAGUCUCCCCAUCACCUCUCGGAAAUGUGCUUUACUCGUCUGCUGAUGAAGAAAUGAAGAAAAUGGACUGGGACACUCCUGAGGCGCUUGAUGACGAAGCUAGAUUCGAGCUGGCAGAUCUCGGAGCAGUAUUUCAGCAAGUGAGGGCCGAACUCAAGCAGGCUUCGCCGACAUCUUCGACGAAUGCAGAAGAAUUCGGAGAUGCAAGCUUGGAGGAAUUGUCCACGGUAGCUGUUUCUGGUACUGCGGCCGAUUUGUGUGAAGCAGCGCCCCUUGACGAGAUGAAGAUCUAUCAGGAAAUGUACUCCGGCAAUGAAGCCGAUAUUGAUGAGAAGCCUAAGGCGCACAAGGAGCCAGAAAGUGAUUCGGAAGACCCAGGUCAUGCUAAAAGCAGACCUGCUCAAGGAACGUUAGGCCUUCCAUCUGAGAGCUCUGGCUGUUCAUCCUGUUUUGCUGAGUCCAUCCACAGCGAUGCUGUGAAGUCUUCUGCAGCGGUCGCCGAUUCUAAUGAGUCAAUUGAUGCCAAUUCCGAGGUCGUAUCUACGCCGAAGUCGUCUGUCUCCAAGUCUCCGCCACCUAACGUGCCAUCUGCCCCGCCUUCCACUCCAAUCCGUUCAUCCCCAAGUCCUUCUGUGCCACAGCAACCGUCAGCCCUCUUCCCGCGUAUCUUCACCGAGCUCGCUUCAUCUUAUGCUCAAUUCGGCUUUAGCAGCAACACCAACCUGGGUUUCGGGUUUGGUUCCGCUACCAGGGCCGCCAAAGCGGGAACGGGCACAAAUGACCAAACGGUACGUACGCAGCGCGAGCUUGCAAGACUUCGAGCGGGAACAGGCUCGGUUCUGACUCGUGCACGUCUCUUCGGGCAGACGAUUUGGUCACCUUCGCGUGCUCAACGAAACGAUGAUUCUGAGGUGACGUCUAUACCAGCAGGCCAGGAAAAUUCGGGCACCGGUCAUCCAGGCGAAGCCUCAGGAUCCGAAGUCGUCACCCCACCCUCUUCUCCCUUACGCAGUACCACAGAUAGUUCUCCGCCGUCUGAUACCUCAAGCACCGCCACGCCUAUCAAAUGCAAUAACGGCAAACGUACUCUUGGGUGUGCGGACGCGUUGCAUGCUGUUGCAAUGGCACAGCAACUUUGGAAGACGAAGAACUUUCUGCUGGAGUGA